CACGGCCGGGCGGGGCUUAGCGAGCACAUGAUGAAGAAGCGUUGAAAAGUGGAGGAUUUGAGUUAGUUUGUGACAAUCAUCUCCCUGCUCGCUCCUCUAAUCUUCUACUUUACCUCUCCAAGCCGACAUUGUUGCUGCCAACAUGGCCUCUGCAGAACUCGCUCUGCUCAGCGUGUCAGACAAAAGUGGGCUGCUGGAGUUUGCCCGAAAGCUGCUGGGCGUUGGUUUGAGUCUCGUAGCUUCAGGAGGGACCGCCAAAGUUCUGCGUGAUGCUGGACUGGCUGUCAGAGACGUGUCGGAGCUGACCGGACACCCAGAGAUGCUGGGAGGCCGCGUGAAGACGCUCCAUCCCGCCGUCCAUGGAGGCAUCCUGGCCAGGAAGACCUCCGGUGACACCGCAGACAUGAGCAAGCUGGGCUACAACCUGGUCAGGGUGGUCGUGUGCAACCUCUACCCUUUUGUCAAGACCGUCUCCAACCCAGAUGUGCAAGUGGAAGAUGCCGUGGAGCAGAUUGACAUCGGUGGUGUAACUUUGCUGAGGGCUGCAGCUAAGAAUCACGCACGGGUCACGGUGGUGUGUGACCCCGCUGAUUAUUCCCUGGUCACCAAGGAGAUGGAGUCCUCAGGAGACCAGGAUACUAGCCUGGACACACGCAGGACUCUGGCUCUCAAAGCUUUCACCCACACAGCCCAGUACGACCAGGCCAUAGCGCACUACUUCCGUGGUCAGUACGGCCGAGGCCUUGUACAGCUGCCCCUGCGCUACGGCAUGAACCCUCACCAAGCACCAGCCCAGAUCUACACUCUGGGCUCCGGACUCCCUCUUACAGUGGUCAACGGGUCUCCUGGUUUCAUCAACCUUUGUGACGCCCUGAACGGCUGGCAGUUGGUCAUAGAGCUGAAGAGCGCCCUCAACAUGGCCGCCGCAGCUUCCUUCAAGCACGUCAGCCCUGCUGGAGCUGCAGUGGGAGUUCCUCUGACCGAGGAGCAGGCCAAGGUGUGCAUGGUGCACGACAUGCUGGCAGACCUCAGCCCGCUGGCCACCGCCUACGCCCGAGCAAGAGGUGCCGACAGGAUGUCGUCUUUCGGCGACUUCAUCGCUUUGUCCGACGUGUGCGACGUUCCCACCGCCAAGAUCAUAUCAAGAGAGGUGUCUGACGGCAUCAUCGCACCUGCCUACGACCAGGAGGCCCUCGCAAUUCUGUCCAAAAAGAAAAAUGGAAACUACUGCGUGCUUCAGAUGGACCCUAAAUACGAGCCUGACGACACAGAAGUGCGAGUCUUGUUUGGCCUUUACCUCCAACAAAAGAGGAACAACGGUCUCAUCAACAAAGACUUCUUCACUAAUGUUGUCUCCAAGGGCUCCCAGCUGUCUGAGGCCGCCCUGCGAGAUCUGACUGUGGCCACCAUUGCUGUCAAAUACACUCAGUCCAACUCCGUCUGCUACGCCAAAGAUGGACAGGUGAUCGGGAUGGGUGCAGGCCAGCAGUCCCGUAUCCACUGCACCCGCCUGGCAGGUGACAAAGCAGACAACUGGUGGCUCAGACAUCAUCCUGGCGUGCUCGCCAUGAACUUCCGUAGCGGCGUCAAGCGAGCGGAGAUGGCAAACGCCAUCGAUCAGUUUGUCAGUGACACCAUUGGCCAGGGCCCAGACUUGGAGGUGUGGAGGUCAAAGUUCCAGCAAGUUCCUGACUUUCUGUCAGAGACUGAGAAGAAGAAGUGGAUGACUUCCUUGCAGGAUGUUUCUGUCAGCUCUGAUGCCUUCUUCCCCUUCAGAGACAACAUCGAUAGAGCCAAGCAGAGUGGUGUGCGCUACAUCGCAGCUCCGUCAGGUUCUGCUGCAGACCAGCUGGUGAUCAACGCCUGCAAUGAGCAAGGCAUCACUCUGGUGCACACCAACAUGCGACUCUUCCAUCACUAAGCACUUGAGCAGAGAAGUCAACAUUCGUCUCUGAUCACCAAGUCAACAUUUGUCUCUGAUCACCAAGUCAACAUUAGUCUCUGAUCACCAAGUCAACAUUAGUCUCUGAUCAACAUUAGUCUCUGAUCACCAAGUCAACAUUAGUCUCUGAUCAACAUUUGUCUCUGAUCACCAAGUCAACAUUUGUCUCUGAUCACCAAGUCAACAUUCGUCUCUGAUCACCAAGUCAACAUUCGUCUCUGAUCACCAAGUCAACAUUCGUCUCUGAUCACCAAGUCAACAUUAGUCUCUGAUCAACAUUUGUCUCUGAUCACCAAGUCAACAUUCGUCUCUGAUCACCAAGUCAACAUUUGUCUCUGAUCACCAAGUCAACAUUCGUCUCCGAUCACCAAGUCAACAUUCGUCUCUGAUCACCAAGUCAACAUUCGUCUCUGAUCACCAAGUCAACAUUAGUCUCUGAUCAACAUUUGUCUCUGAUCACCAAGUCAACAUUCGUCUCUGAUCACCAAGUCAACAUUUGUCUCUGAUCACCAAGUCAACAUUCGUCUCCGAUCACCAAGUCAACAUUCGUCUCUGAUCACCAAGUCAACAUUCGUCUCUGAUCACCAAGUCAACAUUCGUCUCUGAUCACCAAGUCAACAUUAGUCUCUGAUCAACAUUUGUCUCUGAUCACCAAGUCAACAUUCGUCUGAUCACCAAGUCAACAUUCGUCUCCGAUCACCAAGUCAACAUUUGUCUCUGAUCACCAAGUCAACAUUCGUCUCUGAUCACCAAGUCAACAUUCGUCUCUGAUCACCAAGUCAACAUUUGUCUCUGAUCACCAAGUCAACGUUCCAACCAUCACUUCUGUAACUGAACGUUGACCACAAGUGAAUAAUCUUCUAUUGAGUGAAAUAAACUACUGACGUCA